CUUUGGGAGUGGGGGGCGGGGGGUCCUGUUUCCAGCUCCCAAGGAGACUCUUGCUGUGAUUCUGAGCUAUUCACCCCAAGUGCGGAAAAUGACUCUCUUUCAUCCGCCUGUACUGAGCUUUGCCCAGGUCUCUGAGCGGAGAUGCGGAGAUGUGCAGGAUUAGGGUGAAGAAACCAAAGCCCAGAGAUCAGGCGAGGUGGCAAAGUCAUCUGCAGACACAGGACACGGCUCUUCAUGCUGUCUGACACUACUUCCCUUCACAUGACGAGGACCAAAUGGCCGAGCACUGGCAUUAGCAUUCCAUACCCCAAGAAGUCUGGCCAACUCCAGCCUUCCUCAAUCUACCUGAAGAGGACAGGAGCUCAGACAAGGCAAGAUCAACUUACAUUCAGAAAGUACCGAAAUUAAUCAAAUGCACUUAUAAGAACUUUGGAAAAUUGAAAAAUUGCUACUGGAAAGCCUGGCACCCCAGCUGGAGAUGGGAUUAUGUCAGAUAAGGACGUGAUACUGGGCAGGUCCAGAGGGAGCAUCAGAUGCCCCACCUCCCCACGCUCCAGGAGGUGGAGAAGCCCUGCUCUGGAGCUAGGAAGAUCCUCAGAGGCUGUGGAAUCCAACAGGAGCGGGCGGAGCAGUUUUUCAGGAGCGGGCACACCAACAACUGGGCCGUGCUGGUCUGCACUUCAAGAUUCUGGUUCAAUUAUCGCCAUGUGGCCAACACCCUCUCUGUUUAUAGAAGUGUCAAGAGACUCGGCAUUCCUGACAGCCACAUUGUUCUGAUGCUUGCUGAUGACAUGGCGUGCAACUCCAGAAACCCCAAGCCGGCAACCGUGUUUAGUCACAAAAACAUGGAACUGAACGUUUAUGGAGAUGAUGUGGAAGUUGAUUAUAGAAGCUAUGAGGUGACAGUGGAGAAUUUUUUGCGAGUGUUAACAGGGAGAGUCCCGCCUAGCACUCCUCGAUCCAAACGUCUUCUUUCUGAUGAUAGAAGCAAUAUUCUGAUUUAUAUGACGGGCCACGGUGGGAAUGGCUUCUUGAAAUUCCAGGACUCUGAAGAAAUCACCAAUGUUGAGCUCGCUGAUGCGUUUGAACAGAUGUGGCAGAAGAGACGCUACCACGAGAUGCUGUUUAUUAUCGACACUUGUCAAGGAGCGUCCAUGUACGAGCGCUUCUAUUCCCCCAACGUCAUGGCGCUCGCCAGUAGCCAAGUAGGAGAAGACUCCCUCUCGCAUCAGCCUGACCUCGCCAUUGGAGUCCACCUUAUGGACAGAUACACCUUUUACGUCCUGGAAUUUUUAGAAGAAAUCCAUCCGGCCAGCCAAGCCAACAUGAACGAUCUUUUUCAGGUGUGUCCCAAAAGCUUAUGUGUUUCGACUCCUGGACAUCGGACGGAUCUUUUUCAGAGAAAUCCUCAGAACGUGCUAAUAACGGACUUCUUUGGAAGUGUGAGGAAAGUGGAAAUUACCACGGACACUGUUUCCCUGAAACCGGAUUUGAGCUCCAUGGGGUACAGCGACCUCAAAUGCCAAAAGGAUGAGGAAGUAAUGGAGCCUCUUAAUUACGCGGAGCAGCUUCCAGUGGCUCAGAUCAUUCACCAGAAACCCAAGCAGAAGGACUGGCAUCCACCAGGAGGCUUCAUCCUGGGGCUGUGGGCACUCAUCCUCAUGGUGUUCUUCAAGACUUAUGGCAUCAAGCACAUGAAGUAUGUGUUUUAGAGGGAUGGCGGACUGCUGAAGAAGGUUACAGUGAGGAAGGCCGUUCUCAUGCACCUUAGAGAAAGGGGGAGGAGGGUCUAGGAGGAUCUCUGCACUCUGACUUGUGUGUUUCAUUGUAAAACAAUUCCCUGCUUGAAACACGGACUGCUGUUAAAGAAGUUUUCAUUUCCUGUGUUAAAGACGGUGUGAGUAAAUCAUGUUUUGGUUGAUAGUUUACAAUGGUAACUUUUCAGUGUGAAAUACUUUGGAUUUAUUAAUAAAUGUGAAAACUAACCUUCCUCCCUCA